AACAACAAAGAAAGACACCAAAGUAGGAAGACGAAGAAGGAGAAGAAUAAUUGAAAUGGCAGCAAGAAGUCCUUUGAUCCGCUUCGCCUUCGUCUGCAUUGUCUUGGCCGUGUUGGUCAUGACUGCCGAGUCGCACAACGGACACCACCAUGGUCCGACUAAGGCUCCGUCCCCGGCUCCAAUGCCACAUGGACCAGAGGCUCAUGCUCCGGCUCCAAGUGCUGCCACUUUCUCCGCCUACCCUCAGCUCAUCGCCACCGCUUUGGUCGGUGCCUUGUCUUUCGUCUUCUGA